AUGUACCUCUCUUCUCCUGGAGACUCUAUCGACUUUCCUUUCUUGACUUCUGAUGAACAAGUUUUUGGCUCUAUGCCAGGACGUCCGCAUGAUCCGAAGUAUCUCAAAGCUGCAAUUGAGGGCUACUCGUGGCUCAAGAAGAGCAACAUGACCAACGAAUUUGGCUUGUAUGUUGACGGCUAUCAUAUCAAAAGCUACAGCCAAAACGGAAGCAUCGGCACAGGCAAAUGUGACGACCGCAAUGAGAUGGUUUAUACCUACAAUCAAGGCGUCAUUCUGUCCGGCCUACGAGGUCUAUGGGAAGCAACUGGAAACACAAGCUACCUACACGAUGGCUACAAUCUCAUCCGUAACGUCAUGGCAUCCACCGGCUGGUCCUGGUCCGGAGAGCCACACUCUCCAAUCCACAAAUCUUCCAGCUGGGCCGGACUAGGUCAAUACGGAAUCCUAGAGGAACUAUGCGACCGAAGCGGCUCCUGCAGUCAAGACUCUCAAACCUUCAAGGGCAUUUUCUUCCAGCACUUGACGCAAUUUUGUGAGCCUUUGCCGUUGAAACCCAAGAAUCCUGGUAAGACGCACGCAGCAAGUAAAUUGCUUAGAGAAAAGCACAGUGACUUCUGCAGGACGGUGGGGCUUUGGGCUACACACAAUGCAGAAGCGGCUUUAAGCACCAGAGACGGAACCGGCCUUUUCGGUACCUGGUGGGGAUAUAGAUAUGCGGCCAAAGACUACCCACAAAGCCUUCCUGCCCACGCAGUCGACUAUCGCAACGAUGCAUCAGUCUUGACCACCACCAAAUGGACGCAAUCGGGAAAUUUGCACUCAGCCGCUGGUUCUGGUAGCCAAGCAGCGAAAAGCAAAGAAGAUGUUUCGACAGCAGAUGUCAACGAUCGUGGCAGAGGUCGGACGGUGGAAACGCAACAAGGAGGCCUUGCCGUCUUGAGGUCAUCUUGGGAGUUACUCAACUCAGGCAGAUUCUAG